CAUUUGCCUUCACUUCACUGGGGGAAUGGCAUUAUCUUGGUUAGAAAGUGAGGGAUCGGGACGCUGUGGCGGGGCUCUCUUGGUGAUAUUGGCAGCCUGUUGCGACCUGACCGCUUUGAACGGUGUUGACUGGGAUGAGUGUGUGGUGACUCAUGUCGGGGCGUCCGUCACCUUGCCUUGCUCUGAUUGGUCGGUGGCCGGCACGCUGCAAGCCCAUUGGCUGUGGAAGCCGUUGUCUGGGGAAUCGUGGCUUCCAGUCGUCUCGGCCAGUGAGAGGCUGGCUGACAAGGAGCUGAGCAGCUCAGGGAAGUUCUCUCUGACCUUCAGAACCGGGUUCCAGGACGCUGGACGCUACACCUGCCAGGGGCGCAGGCAGGAGGGCACCAGCCGCCCCUCCGGCAGAGUUACCCUGCUCAUCAUCGUCAGCGUCACAGGCAGUCCCAUGCCGGUCCCUACAGACGGCACCCUGCGGCUGAGUGCGAGGGUCUCCGACCAGACCGCCAAAGUGUCCUGGAUCUCCCCCAAGGGAACCCCCCUGCACUGCCGGGAAGACUUCUCAGGAUCCAUCCUCGCCAAACUGCCCCGGGUCACCUGGCAAGAACAGGGCAAUUACAGCUGUCAAGUGCUGGUCCCAGGGGCCCCGGGGCGAUUCGUGUUCAACUACACCGUCACCGUGAGAGACUCCAAGCUCGCGGACUUCAGCAUGACCUUCGGUCUCCAGCGGUCUGGCGGUGCCGUGGCUCAGUCACGCGUGUUGAUCCCGUGUGUCACGUGGCCUGGCUCAGACCUGGUACUUCUCUACUGGAAGGACCCAGACGCGAGGGAGAUGGACCGAGUCUUUGAGUUUGACCUCUGGAGGCGGGACCUGGUGAACAAGAAGCAGCCUCGACUCCAGUUGGCUGAGUCCGACCCCGCCCGCCACGGCAAUUACUCCUUCCUGUUGACCCCUGACCUGGAAGACAACGGGGUGUACAGGUGUGAGGUGUUCAGAGACAGCGAUGUUUACAUCCAGAGCUUCAGCCUCACAGUGCUACAGGUCUGGGCUCUCAACACCUCUGUGGGUCUCAAGCUGAACUGUCUGUAUCGGGGGCCGACGCGGGUCACGGCUGGCUGGACCUUCCAGAACCGAAGCCUCGCGGUCAGUUCCACUGGACCGGGCUCUCUGUACACCGAGAUCACCGUCAAUCGGAGCCACAGCACCCCCUGGCAGGGCAAAGAGGGCAACUACAGCUGCACUGUCGCCGUGACUGGGCAGGAGCGUUACACCGCCGUCUACGCUCUCACGCUGCCCCCUGCUGGAGCGACUGGCCCUCUGCUGCACCCUGCUGAGAGCUCCAGGACCCUGCUGGGGUUACUGGGAGCAGCUCUGGGGGCGCUGGUUUUGGGAGCGGCCGGGAUUCUGCUGUGGUGCAAACGAGGGGCCUGCCAGCGGCACUCAGGGAUCCGCAGACACCCCGCCCCCCCGAACGCAGAGCAGGACAAUCUGUACGAGAACCUGGAGGAGCUGCGCAAGGAAGUCUUCACAGGAAGUGACCCGCACAGCUCUGUGUACAUGGACCUGAGGCCCAGCGAGAGAGACGUCUACAAUGAGCUGGACAGAUACCAAACCUGUCCUCGGUGACUCUUCACUGUGCCUGGAAAUGAAUGAGAAUCAGCUGUCAACUGUACCUCGAAAUCAGUGAUGCUCCGCUCCUCUCUCAACUGCACCUCGAAAUCAGUGACACUCUGCUCCUCUCUCAACUGCACCUCGAAAUCAGUGACACUCUGCCCUCUCUCAACUGCACCUCGAAAUCAGUGAUGCUCCGCUCCUCUCUCAACUGUACCUCGAAAUCAGUGACACUCUGCUCCUCUCUCAACUGUACCUCGAAAUCAGUGAUGCUCUGCUCCUCUCUCAACUGUACCUCGAAAUCAGUGACGCUCCGCUCCUCUCUCAACUGCACCUCGAAAUCAGUGAUGCUCCGCUCCUCUCUCAACUGCACCUCGAAAUCAGUGACGCUCCGCUCCUCUCUCAACUGCACCUCGAAAUCAGUGACGCUCCGCUCCUCUCUCAACUGCACCUCGAAAUCAGUGACACUGUGCCCUCUCUCAACUGCACCUCGAAAUCAGUGACACUCCGCUCCUCUCUCAACUGCACCUCGAAAUCAGUGAUGCUCCGCUCCUCUCUCAACUGCACCUCGAAAUCAGUGAUGCUCCGCUCCUCUCUCCACUGCACCUCGAAAUCAGUGACGCUCCGCUCCUCUCUCAACUGCACCUCGAAAUCAGUGAUGCUCCGCUCCUCUCUCAACUGCACCUCGAAAUCAGUGACACUGUGCCCAGCUCUCAUCUGUACCUGAGAUUCAGAUUUGUAUAUUAUUUUUAAACACUGUAGAUAGCUGGAAAACUUUGAAAAAAAUAUAUUCUUGUAUUUCACUCUUUUCAAUAAAUAUAUAAAUGUA